UUGGCGAGGCUCUCUGGGGUCAGGCAGCCCCGGCAGCCCCCCACCGCAGGGAUGAGGUUCCCACUAGCCCUCUGCCUGGGCUUGGUGGCCCUGGCCACCGCCAGCCAGUCCCCGCUGCAGCGGCGGGUGGUGAAGGAAGUGCUGGAAUAUUUCCACAGCCGCAGCAACGUGCAGUUCUUCUUCAAGGAGCAGGCAGUGGAAGGGGCUGUCGAGCGGGAAGACCCCUCGGGGACAUUUGUCCAGCUGCGCGUCAACCUGGUGCAGACGGCCUGUGGGAAGAGGGCACCGCGGCGGCAGAACUGCAGGACCCUGGAGAACCGGAGGAAGCCAACCUGCCUGGCUUGCUACAAGUUUGACAGCAGUGAUGUCCCCAAGGUGCUGGACAAGUACCAGAACUGCGGCCCCAGCCAUCACCUGGCGGUGAAGGAGAUCAAACACCGAGACGAGGCGGAGUGCAGGGCGGUAGAGGAGGCUGGCAAGUCAGUGGAUGUGCUUUACCUCCCUGGCAUGUACGCCUUCUCCAAGGGGCUGCCAGCCUAG